AUGAAUACCAAAGAUUACAGUAUUUAUGGGAAUGUAUUUCAUAGUUCAUAGAAUGCUAUACUUAAGCCAACUCAAGAAGGAUUAUUUGGAGCAAUGCCUAUCCAAAGAAUAAGAGCCCGAUUACGAAUUGAUCCAUGUCAUUUCCAUCAUUGAAUCAAAUCAGAACUCAAAUCUAGACUUGACUCUGGUCAAAGCAACCUCGUUGCAAUUGAUUCUGCCAUUGCUUAAGGUAAAUUAUGCUAUUAUCGAUCAAGGCAGUGUCAAAAUCAAAUUGACUAAAUUACCAUCACAUCCCAACAAGCCCAAUAAUUGAAGGACAUCCUACCUUAGUUCAUCGAAGAAAGCAAUCUCGACAUCCAAAUACGCAAGAAGAUUCCCCAAUUGGAUCUAAAUCAAAUCAAUUCGUCCACCAGCAAUUUGAUUUAAUCAUCUUAGAGAUAAAACAAACUACAAAAAUCCCCAUCACAAUAUCAGUUCAACACCGAUCGUUUGUAAAAUCCCCAAAGCACAACAAGAAUCAAAAAAUAAUUACUACCAACCACCAUAACCCAAUAGACUCAGCCUAAAUCCCCCAAUACCAAAAUAGUCAAUGUCAAAUUGAAAAAGUAACACACUGAAGUAGUGGGAAAAUCAUUAACACACAAGAAAAGAUUACAAUUAUAAUCACAUGAAGAUUUAAAUAGGAAAGUUAGUUCUCACAGUUUCACCAAACACAAAAAUACAAGCAGUUCCCCAAUCAACGAAACAACCAACAUCCAAAGACAAGUCAGUCAGUAUGCCACUGGAUAACACCAAUUAAAAACCACUUCUUCUGGUGCCAACAUUCAAAUCAAAGCCUUAUUGGAAUCCUAACAGAGCCAAAAAACACUCAAUACCACUGUCAAUCCCACUGAUCAAAAUGCCGACAUUUCAAUCCAUCUGAAGAAUCUAAUCAGCUUUUGCAAUCAAUCAAUAUUAAAAAAGAAUCAGGAGUGUUACAGUUCGAAAAAGGAUUUAUCAACUCAACAAACCAAUUCCAGCAUCUUAUAAGUUAAAGAAAACAAAGAAAAUACUUAGCCAAUCAAAAAGUCUACUCCUUUAUUAAAGGCCACAGAACACACCAUGAUUAAGUUGACUGAAUUGUCAGAGGAAGACAACCCUGAAACAGCCAGAUUCAAUUCAGAUGAUGAUAUCAGAAAGAUGACUAAUUUCAAUAGUAAAGGAUUAUAAAAAUUACUCUAAUCAAAGACCAAUCAAUUAUCAGAAUAGAGCUCAACAUAGUCAUUACUUUCAUUAUUUUAAAGAAAAUGA